AUGACUGUGGCGUCGCUAUGGCAAGCACUUGAUGAUGCAGGAUGCGGACAGUCGGUAGGAGAAGAGGACAUGAUAGAUCCUCAAAGGAGUUCGGCCAAAGUGAAUCCAUGGACGUUCAACGAGCGACAACGAAGACAUCAACGCGCCGAAGAACGCCCAAGUCUCGCUGUGGAUUUGAGUAUCUGGAUCUGUGAAUCACUUACUAGCACUGGCCUCAAUGAUCAUAAUGAGAAUCCAGCGCUUCACCUUGUCUUUAGCCGCACGAUGAAGUUGCUCUGCAUGGGUAUCAGGCUGGUAGUUGUCAUUGAAGGCAAGCGACGCAUUCGAGCUCAGAAUUCCAACGACGAGCCAGACAAGUUCCGUCGACGACGCAGUGGAACUUCCUUCUGGAAAGCCUGCAAGCAAUGUGAGACCAUGUUGGAGUUCAUGGGAGUGCCAGUUGUCCGCGCCAAAGCCGAAGGAGAGGCCUUGUGUGCCCUAUUGAAUCAAAAAGGUAUCGUCGAUGGCGUUAUCUCCAAUGACGGUGACUGCCUUCUUUUCGGUGCAAAAGUUGUCUACACCAAGUUCUCUAUUGAAAAUCUUCAAAAGGGAUGCGUGAUGCGCUACGAUGCUUCCAAGCUAUUUGCGGUUGCUGAACGAACGAGUGGGCAAUACAAGGAUGAGACUAGUGAUGGGCUGAUACCAGCAGCAGCAAGCGACGAAACCAACGGCCGAAUCAAGUUAAGCCGAGAAGACCUAAUUGCUUUUGCACUUUUAACUGGAAGUGAUCUUGCUGGGCAAGGACUUGACAAAAUAGGUCACAAGAAAGCGGUUCGAUUCCUUCGACAAUGUAAAGCGAGCAGGCCGUUGUCACGUGAGAGCGCUGCCAUCGAAGACCUCAAGUCGUGGGCAAGGUCCGUCAAACCGAUUGUGGAGACAGAACAGGAGCAAGACGAAGGAUCUAUUGCGGACGAUGAAGAAGAGGACAAGGGAGCGAAGAAGCAGAAACAAAGAUGCUGUUCUUGUUGCCUCCAUCCUGGAACAAAAAGCUCGCACGAAAAGCACGGUUGUGAAGUCUGUGGAACAGAACCAGGUGAACCUUGCUACAACGUGUCAUCGGAGGAAAAGUUUGUCAUGUCUCUUCGAGGAAAGGCUAUAGCCCUGAGAAAUCCCAAGUUUGACCCUACCCUUGUGGUUAAUGCGUACUUGCGCCCGAAUGACAAUCAGCUACCAGUAUCGUUAGCGAUGGUAUCUAGAGAAACACUACGAAUGGAUCCUCCAAGACUCCUAGAAUUUAUCAACUGGAAAACGAUUGUUAGGGGACACAACCUACAAGCAAGUCAAGACUACGUGAAACAGUCCAUGAGUCAGUUGCUGGUUCGCACGGAACUCUUUCAGAAUCCCACCACUUCAAACAAAGACGCCAAUUCAUCACAGGGAGCUCAGGGCAACUCUUCACACAUUCGACGAUGCGCUCGUGAACGACCCAUUCCAAAAGAAAUCACUCGAAAGUUGGUGCAGAAUGGGAUUGACUGCUACGAAGUAUGCUGGAUCAUGCAAGCUACAGUUACGGGAAAGGACGGGGAUGGAAUUGAUGGCUACGAGUUUUCUACCAUUGAGCACCAAGACAUGGUCAACCGACAGCAUCCAGAUAUAGUCAGCGCCUUCCAGAAGAAUCCGCCCAAAGCCACGAAACCACAGGGAGACACUGAAAUGCAAAAACGACGGGAGUUUUUAGAUAACAUGUUUCGAUCCGAGGAGGUAGUGGUACAGCUCCCCAACCAGCCUGACCGCGACAAGGAUCAAAGGAUUUUCAAUCACCCUGAACCAAGCAAUGCUAAAGGCAAAAUGCCAUACGGGAAGGCCCAGCCCCGGCAUCCCACGGCUCAUUACAAGACCGGCGGCACUGAUGUGGCUCUUCUGUUGACGUCCCUGGAGGUCCCAGCGAAGUCCAAGACUGCGAUGGACUCGAAAGAUUUUGAGUUUAGCUCGCUUGAAAGUGGCAGUUGGUUGCAAAAAGAGCAAGCACGAGAUAAAUCGUUUUCAGCCCUGAAGGACUUUGCGCAGCCUCGAAAGCCAAGUAACCGAGAGAGAACAUCAACGCUAAUUUGUGACGACGAAUCGCUUAAUGUACAAAUGGCAAUGACAUCCAAACUCAAGGUGCACCACAAAGACAGCAAUCCACGUGAUAAUAUACCAAAGGAGAUUUGGGUGCCGCCAAUGCAGAAAACUGACCGAGAGGUCGACGAUCACGUUGGAAAAGACAAGAGUGGUGAUAUUGCAUCAAAACAAACGAACACCACUUCAGUUCCAUCGGAUCUUCGAGUGACGAAAGAAAUGCCCUCGCGUCGAAGGAAUGCGGCCCCGUCUCAGUCUGAGCGCCAUUACACGAAGCAGAGGCCGUCACGAGAGCAGGUUCACUUUGAAGAAUCCAGCGACAAACGUUCCAACUCCAAGUCCAAGAGAAAGAGAAAGAAACGUCGAAGUCGUAAGCGCGAUCGCUAUGAAGAGCAGGCGAAAGAUUGCCUCGCAAAAGCCGAUCCAACAUCGUAUUCUAACAAGAAGGUAGCAGUAGUUCAGCCGCAAAUGGAGCGGAUAACCGGCCAUGCAAAUAAGCGAGAGCACACAGCAACCUCAAGACAGCGGGAGUGCUGCUGUGCUUGCAACCAGCGUCUCGACACGGACCAACGGAAGAAAUGUGCCCCUCUCAGCCAGCAACAGAUCUUGGAGAUAGACGCGACAGACAAGACGCGUGCAGCACCAACUCAAUCCAAGCGGGAGAGAUCCUGUGAGACUACGUUGGAGCGCGACAACUCACACCACGGCAACCAAUACAUCGAGCGCUUGUAUGAACAAGAAAGGCGAAACGAGGCUGAACAGAAACACUACCGCAGGGACGAAACAGAGAUGGAUAUCAAUUCCAGUCAGCUCUUGACCGAAACUGAACGCUCCUACUUCCCGAAACGAAGCCGGAGAAGCAACAACGAAGAUAACCAAAGGAGGAGCAUGCAUGGCCAACAUCAACGGGGCUACGAGGAUCCCAGACUGCGCUUCGACGAUGGUGCCAAGGCGGAGGAAGCAAGACAACUCCAUGCAUACCAAAUGCGCGAAACCCGCCCUGACAGCCUACGGCAAAAUGCAUCUCAGUUUGAUAAUGGCAAACAAAGUGCCAAUUUCGAAACGGAUGCCAAGUUUUCGAUGGAGCAACACUGGCAGUGUGAAGAGUGCGGAAUUGACGGAAGGGGUCGAUUCGAUCAACGUCGACCUGGAGGAAGAAACCAACGAGCGUCAUAUAGGAAUGGCUUACCUCAGAAAACUGAAGAGUCACGCGGAGAUCGGUCGCGCUUGCCCAAGUCCUCCAGAAAUCAUUCAUCGUUGGACACUCGCUACGCCGGUCGGGCUGACAACCUAAUCCAUGGAAGACGUACCAAGCCACGGGAAUCUACCAGUCGACAUUCCAGCUAUUUUGCAGAAGCAGGGCGACUUGAGUUCGAAGCUGACGCUGACGCUGACGAAUUCGGCCAACCUCUCCAAUGUGAGCGCAAUCCACCUCACUUAAACUGCAAUCCACCUCGCUUAAACUACAAUCCCCAUGAGGACAUUGGUGAUCACGAGGACAUUGAUGAUGGGAUGGGAAUAGACGCCGCGGCACCUUCUCGAAGCCCAGACUCUUGCAAGAAUAUUGUCGAAGAACCUUGGCAACAACCUACCUACAUGUACCAGUACGAUGAGUCACAUGAGCCACCGCACUACGGGUACACCUCAGACUCACACGAAAAGCAACAUCCCGGAUUUGGUGGGUCAACCAGGGAGUCGCUGCAAUGCGAGGAAGGCUCCGAUGAGUAUAGAAUUCGUGAGAUUGCUGGGGCGCCGAGGGACGAGUUGCAACCCCCGAGUGAAAGAUCAUGCGAGAAGAAACGUGAACUCUUCCAGACGCAUCGAAGGCAACCCCGAUUGCAACAAAGCUCUCGUGCUACCAGUGCGCCCGCAGGUGCCUCCAUACCCGAUUGGAAGAGUCAGGAGGAAGAUCGGUUAUUCACCCGACACUUCUCUAAAAGCAUGUCAAUGAAGAACUGCGGCAAAUUCUACGAACCAUUGAUGGAUGAAAGACACUGUCAUGAGAAACCCCGACGUGGACUGGAACUACAGCAACAAUCGCGAAAGCGUCGAUCCAGGACGGAUCAAAUCACUACUCGGUAUCACGUACAUCAUUCCAAUCAAGAAGGCACCGAUCAGAUCAGCGCAGAACACAACAACCACGAACAUCAGCAAAACAUUUUCGAUACGGACGCUGCUUGGGGCCAUGAAGAUCAAAUUCCAGAACACCACAACUACGACAACUACCAUCAAAAGUGCUACGUAGGUGAUCACCGUGAUGAUGACUGCCAAAAGAAGAUGGAAUCUCAUGAAAGGGAGCAAGAUUGUCACUUCCAGUCCAGCAGAGGACAGAGCCCAGCCAUUUCGACUGAACUGCACGGAGAGCACGGCACUUUCUACGAGGCAAACUUAGAGGACGCCGUAGCACAUUCAGGCGUCCAUGAUACUACGUUACACGAUGUUAGAGAGAAGGAAAGCAGAUAUUUCGAGAGAUCCACGGAAAACACUACGAAGUACAAACCACAGUACCGGUACCAUUUCAGAGACGACAAGGCUUGCGGCGCUGAGAAUCAGUUCGAGCACAACAUGAAGCCGAGGAAGUACGAGUACGAGAGCGAGAACGAGCACGAGUACAGGGACCCAAAUGAAGGCAGCAAUAUGCUGCUACUAGACACAGAAAACCACAUUGGCAGUGAAUCUCGUCGCAAGUGCAGUGAUCGAGCGAUAACAAGGAACCACCCAAAGCGCCACAGCAACGAGGCACAGUUGGAGGUGUCCAAGAGGCGAAAACAGAUGCACCGAGAAACCUUGACUCUGAGCAGACCUCGCGCAUCGGCAGACAAGGGGGGAACUGAACAUGACCGGGCCGACACACGAGGAGAAUUGGGGCACUCGUACGAUCCAUCGUACAUGCACUGGGAAGAUGAUGACAACACUGAACCGUAUUGGGCAGACGAUCAAUCAACAGAGUAA